GUUGGUAACAAGAAGUUUUUAUUAGGCAGCUAAAUGUCACCAGAGAAAGUAGUAUAUUUUUUAGAAUAAAUAAAUUUAAAGAAUUAUGUUUAUAAUGAUUUGAUAAUUUAUAUCAGUGUUUGUGGUUAAGAAGUGCUUCCUUUAUAAUUACCUAAUAUCUACGUAUUAUACAUAUCUAUUUUGUUAACGAAACUUCUCAGAAUAAACGCCCAGAUAAAUUUUAAACACAAUACUAGAUAUGGAAGAUAUAUUUCAAUGGUGCAAAGAAGGGAAUGCCCUACAAGUGAGGGUUUGGCUAGAUGAACCCGAACAUGAUAUGAACCAAGGAGAUGAUCAUGGAUUCAGUCCACUGCAUUGGGCGGCAAUGAAGGGUUUCAAUAAAAUAGUUGAAAUGCUUCUACUAAGGGGAGCACGAGUUAAUGCCACAAACAGAGGAGAUGAUACUCCAUUACAUAUGGCAGCUGCUCAUGGUCACAGGGAGAUUGUAAACAUGCUUCUCCGGCAAAAAGCUGAUAUCAAUUUCACAAACGAACACGGGAAUUCACCAUUACAUUAUGCGUGCUUCUGGAGCUAUUCAGAUAUAGCAGAAGAUCUAGUACAUCAUGGUGCGAAGGUAGCCAUCGCCAACAAAUAUGGUGAAACACCUCUUGAUAAAUGUAAGGGAAAUCUUACAAAAGUUCUUCAUGAUAUUGCAGUAGAAUCUGGUCAAGAUCUGAAAAAAAUUAAAUUCAAAGAUCAGAGUUGGUUAGGUUUAAAAACCAGAUCUAGAGAUGCUACAUUAUCCCGUCACAAGGGUAUACAUAUUAAAGAAUUGGAAAUGAAAAGGAAAAUAAGUGAAACACAUAGCGGAGUCACUUAUAUUGGUAGGUGGCAAAAUAAUGACAUAGUUGCCAAGAUUCUUAAGGUGCGUGAUGUUACCUCCCGAAUUUCAAGAGAUUUUAAUGAGGAAUUUCCUAAACUACGGAUAUUCUCCCAUCCUAAUAUUCUCCCUGUUAUCGGUUGUUGUAACAGUCCUCCGCAUUUGAUCGUUAUAAGUCAGUAUCUACCAUUAGGAUCAUUGUAUAAUGUUUUACAUGAAGGUAGUGGUGGUCUUGUAGUAGAUACAAUACAAGCUUUACGUUUUGCAAUAGAUAUAGCAAGAGGAAUGGCUUUUCUACAUAGUUUAGAAAGAACAACUCCUGAAUACUUCCUGAAUAGUCGUCAUGUUAUGAUUGACGAUGACUUAACAGCAAGACUAAGUAUGGCCGAUGCUAAAUUCAGUUUUCAGGAAAAAGGUAGAAUUUACUAUCCAGCAUGGAUGUCUCCAGAAGCACUUCAAAAGAAAAUUACAGAUCGCAAUUGGGAAGCUUCUGAUAUGUGGAGCUAUGCUAUUUUACUUUGGGAGUUGGCUACUAGGGAAGUACCUUUUGCCGACCAAAGUCCUAUGGAAGUUGGCAUGAGAAUUGCUUUGGAGGGUUUGAGAAUAAGUAUCAAACCAGGAAUAUCAUCACAUUUGAUCAAGUUGAUAAAUAUCUGUAUGAACGAGGAUCCUGGUAAAAGACCUACUUUUGAUAUGAUUUUACCUAUUUUGGAAAGAAUGGUUCGUUGAUAUGUCCGUACCUAUUUGUUCACAAUUAUUUAAUUAAUUCAGAAUAACUAAUUAAAAUCGAUUUUAUUAACAUCACCUUUGAAAUAUGUUUUCCUUUCAAAGAAUACAAAUAGGGCUCAUACCAGAAAAAAAAAUUACUCAGUAUUUCACAAUUGCCUUUUUCUAUUGUAUCCCAACUAUUUAUCAAUAGUAUAUUAUUGGCCAGUGUAUAAUAACUCAUUUUACCUGAGUAGAAUACUAUAUUUGUCAAAACUCAUUACUCUACAAAUCAUUACAUCCAUUAUUAAAGCAACCAUGAAUUACAAAAGGUAAUGAAAUAACUAUGUGUUCAAUCUCGUCGCUUGUCAUAAUUUGACAAUGCUCUUCAUCUGAUCCUCCCAACCAGGUGUGAACAUUAGCUGAUAUCAGAUCAUCAGGCUGGUCUACAAGUUGUUCAAUCAUUGCAUCUCUUAAGUUGUUUAGCUCAACAUCUGUAAUAUUUUAAUAAAAUCAAAAAGGCUACAAUUCGCCCCUGAACAAACAAUAGUUUUAACUGAAACUUUUUCCUAUGCGUUUGAAAGGUUAAAAACAUUAUCAGAUUUGUUUCUUUGAAGUUGUUUACGACUCUCCCCUGUUUUGACAAACCGCUGAAUACAAUGUUUUUUUGUAACUUGUUUUUUAUGGUUUGGAUCACAUUUUGGUCCAUUGGUUGCAGCAAUGGUGUUACUUUUGGAGGUAAAAAUAGAACAAUAAUUUUACCAUCAUCAGAUUUUAAUUCAUCAAGAUAUCCAGGACAAUUGUCGAGAAGUGAAAUCAUUCUGGUAAAAGAGGUUUUGUCAUCCAUUAGUGUAUAAAACUGGCAGUUAAACGUUUUUGAAAGCCAUUGGCUUUUUUGUGUUCCCUAAUCACCUAACCAGCAAUUCUAAUUUAUGCGUUUCACUAACAUUAAAACAUGGUAUAAAAGUUAUUCUAUCCUUUGUCAACUUGCUACCUGGAGCACUGGUUUCCUAUGAACAAAUGUUUUUUUGCCAAAGACGCGAUAACAAACCACUGUUUUCUGGAUUGGAAAUCUGAUCUUGACCUAGAUCCAUUUCAUUCACAGUUUCUUAAAAAUUUUAAACAAAACAUGAAAGCUUUCUCCCAGUUAAAGUCAAAAAUCUAAAUCCAAAGUGUCAUUUGAAUUUAUCUAACCACCUAACCCUUGCAAGUAAAGUUGUCCUUUUUCAUAAUUCGCCUGAUAAAGAUGUGUGACGGCUCCUUUCUUGCAUAAAGUGCAUCUUCAACUUGCAGAAAUUCACCUACUUUUAAUGUCUGUCUUACAUUGGAAGAUGAUUCACUAGUACUUCUCUUGCAAAAUGAUUAAAUUUGUUUCUUUGCACGCCCAAUAUUCCUUAGACAUAGUAACCAACCUUUCACCAUUUUCUGAACGAUUUAAAAUUGCAUACUUUUUAUCUGAAGUCAGCGCAACAUGCUUACGUUUUCCCGACAUUACACUGCACUUAUAAUUUAUACUGUAUUGUACUUAAAACACUGUCAUCACUUAAAUAACCCGUGACAAUCACACUGUACACAAUUACACAUAGCAGACGUGGCUUUUAAUGUUUCACAAGUUUAGACAUAAACAUUUACCAACUCAUCGACGGGAACACAGCACAAUUACUGGAUGUGCCUAAAUAUUGAAAUGUCGGUUUAUAGAGACAGUACUGUGCUUUCAUUGACUUUUCCAACAAUAAAUUUAAUAAAGCAACUUCAUUAUCUCUAAUUUAAAUCUGAGAAAUCUACUCAUACUAACAAUAAGUUUGAUACAUUUGAACCAAAUUUAUUUCGAUUUAAAAGGUACAUAGAUUUAUAAAUUAUUUUGAAGAACAUGGUUUGUUAAAAAACAAAUAUUCAGUGGCUUACUAAUUUUAAAAACUAAUUUUUUGUAGCAAAACAAAAUAUUAUUGUUAAAUCAAUGAAGAAUCUGACAAUAGUGAUUAAAAUGAAUACAUUUUAAUCACUAUUGUAAAUACAUUUUAAUCACUUCCCGUGAUUAAAGGGUAUUAUUAGGGUCGAGCAAUCAGACGUAUAAUGGGUACAUUAUAUAACAGUCAUGAAUAAAAAUUAUUAUUUAAAUGAAAAUAUUCCAGAGUGCCUCUAAAAUCAAGUCUCAUUGCCUGUAACAUAGCUUUUAUAUAUAUACAAAAUAUUUUUGCUUCUAAAGUAAUUCAUGUAUUUAUUUAAAUUUUUUAAAUGUUUUGUAUAAUAAUGAAUUUUAAUUAUUAUUUUUUAACUCUGUAUAUAUUAAAAGUCUAAUUAAAAAAAAUGAUUAACAGAAA